AUGAAAGCAAUCCUUGCUUUUGCAAAGCUAGCCCUCGUCGGAUUCGACCUUCAACGACUUAUUAUAAUGACCGAUUGCAGAUAUCUGAUAGAGGGUGUUACAACGGAGUUCUGGCAGCGGGCCGGGACAGACCAUGGCGAAGCUCCAAGAUAUCCACUUGACAAUGUGUUGGAAUGGCAAGAAUUGUACCGCAGGAUUCAGAGCAUGGAAGUCAGGAACAUCGCAGAACCACACGGCGCGUGUAUAUAUCACUGGAAAUUUAUUGCACCGACCAGUCCAGAGGCACAAGAUCUUGUACGCCGCAUUGGCCUCAAGUUUCCGGUGGCAGACGAGCCUGCAGGAGUUUUUCAUCCUAUACGCCGUCUUGUGACUACGGGAAAGGAUACAGUAGAGAAUUUUGUGCUACUCUUCGGCCCAACUUGGGAUGGAGCAUACGAUGUCAGGAAACAAUGGGAGGAAGUCAGAACGACUAUACUCUUGGACCCUCGCUCGCGGGCUCAGAUGUUAGGACGACCUUACGAAAUCGAAGACUUGCUGUGGAACCCUAGACCACCAACGGCACACGAAGAAGAGCGGUUGAGAGAGGCUACAACUCUGGCGACAGACGAGGCCCUUCGGACAUUGGAACAAAUGCUGACGCCAGAGUUGAUUCUCUCUCAGCCCACAAACUCUUCCAUCCCAUAG